GGAGGUGGUGAGGAGCCAGGGGGCCCAGAGCACUGCUGGUGCUACUGCCCCACAGGAGAGGCAAGGGAGCGGGCAGGACGCUGAGGAGGAACAGGGGCCGGAGGAGGGGCACGAGGGAGGAGAGGUGGCGGGCGGCAGGCGGCGCAUGGCCGUGCAGAGGCUAGUGGCGGCGGCGGUGGCGGUAGCCCUGCUGUCCCUUGUCCUAAACAAUGUUGCAGCCUUCACCCCCAGCUGGGUCCUGCAGGCCCUGGAGGACGGACGCAAGCGGAGUGUGGGACUAUGGAGGAUGUGCCCCGCUGGUGGGGAAAGGGGCCGCGACGAUGUCCAGGCGGGGAGACGGGGGCAGGGGACACAGAGGCAGUGCGAGGGCCUGGGAUGGGGGUCUGAGUAUGCAGGCUACCAAGAAUCCCGCAGCACUGUCAAAUUGCAGUUUGACAUGAUGCGGGCAUGUAACCUGAUGGCGACUGUGGCCCUGACUGCUGGUCAGCUGAUCUUCCUUCUAGGCUUGAUGGAGCUGCCCUUCAUCACACAGGAAUCCCAGUGGUGGGAGGAGGCCAUUGCUGCACUCUUCCAGCUAGCCAGUUUUGUGCUGGUGAUUGGACUUGUGACCUUCUACAGGAUCGGACCCUACACACACCUGUCCUACUCCUGCUACUUGGACAUAGGGGCUUGCCUGUUGGCCACGAUGGCCGCAGCCAUGCUGAUAUGGAACAUUUUACAUCGCCGUGAUGACUGCCUUGCACCUCGAGUUAUAAUCAUCAGUCGCUCACUGGCAACACCUUUCCACCCACGUUUAGACAAUGACUACGUGGAGUCGCCUUGUUGAGCCAUGCGACUUCACAAGCCCAGCCAAUAAGGAGUACUAGACCACACUGACAGGACCGUCUACUACUAUUUGUUCCAGCUAGGAGCCUCCAGUGUGACUCUAAAGAGGACAUUCCUGUGGCUCUCAUCUCUCAUCUGUACAACAGCCGGACUAACAUGUGCCAGCAAUUGUAAAACUCUAUAUUUCACAACUUCUCCCAGCAUUAACAAAGAUUUAUUUUGCUGCUUAGUGCACAAAAGUCACAUAUUUAACUAAAAUGUCUGUAUAAAGCAGCCCUAAAUUUAAAAACAUAUUGAAUACUGUAUGAUGUUUCAUUUAUUCAAGAUUGGGUGAGCUAACUGGUAGCUAAAUAAUGUAAUUUGGAAGAGGACUGUCUGAUAUGAAACGAUCAAGCUGGCACUUGACCUAUUUUGUUAUAUGUGCACUUAUUAAAUGGCCUCCUGUGUAAUCAUAAAUUGGAAAUUUUGAAAGAUGUUGAAAAUGUAAUACCAGAAUACCUCAUAUUUGUUUUCUUCCAUUUUAAAGCUUAUUACAAUUCUAAUACAUAUUACUAUUAAUGAUAUAUGUUGCAAGUACGUAGGUAAAUUAACUAAGUAAAAGCUGAGGAGUGAGUCAAGCUUUCUGAUUGGGCUUCCCCAAAUCAGUGCCAAUAUUUAAUUCUAAAACUGCCAAUGAGAGGCGAUACUUUGAGCAAAUAAACGUCUACCUACUGAAAGACAUGAGGGAAUUUUCUCACUCUGAGUCAUUGCCCCAUGAAUAUCUUUCCUCUUAAAAAAGGAAAAUAAAAAAUACAAAUUACCUGCCAAUUAAUGUAUGUGAACUGAUUUGGAUUUUUUUUUAAAGCAGUAUUUGUUAAAUUGAUGGUAACAAAUGUUUUGGCGAUGUACUGCAUUUUGAAAUGACAUACACACUUCAUUAAGUUCAUUUUUCAUGAUGCUUUUCAUAUGAAACUCUGCUCGCUUGUGGUACAUAUUGUAUCCUUAAAUUAAUAUAAUAUAGUUGUAUAAAGAAUUGUGCUAUCAUUAGUAUUAGUAGUAGUAGUAUUGUGACCAUAUCAUACUUUGGCAAAGAACUCCAGGCUAUCUGUGGGUCUUCCACAUUGCCAAACAUAGGGGCACAUUAAAAUAAUAAUAUAUCACAUGAAUUCAAUAAAUUUAUUGGUUAAUAUUCAAACAUAUUGCUUGUUGUUGUUGCUGCAGUUUUGGUGUCCAACACCAUACUGGACAAAUGGACAAAACAGAUUUUCAUUAAACAUUAUUUUCAAUAUUA